AUGUUAACAUUCAUCAAAGGAGUAUUUGGUGCUAUUGGCUCUGAGAACUCUCCAUUCUCCAAGAACUAUGGCGAAGUGCUCCUGACACCUGUUGGAAAGGCAGAUUACGCCCUGGCUCGUCAGGGAACUGAGGUCUAUUUCGUCUCUCGUGACUUUUUGAUGGGAUCAAAUGCCUAUAACACGCUUCCACCUGAGAUACUGGGAUCAAAACACUCUCCAGAUGACAACAUUUACAUCAAUUUGGUUGGACACCAUCUUUGUGACGAGAACAAGAGUGAUAGACCAACAGCAUGUAUGGUUACAGAAGUAGGAGAGUGGAACGUAAGAACGAAUCCAAGAGGGCGACUACAAGUGGCAGAUGCCUGUCAGUUAGCUCAUUUGAGCUUUUUAGAAGGAGAUACAAGGCGAAAAUGA